UUCGAGCGAACUGCGACGAAACCCUGCGCGGCAUCCGUAGUCCGCUGACGUCACCAGGCAACAUGGCGGCCCGCAGCGACUGAAACGAACACAACAAUAAGUUUGAGAUCGCGUCGUUAAAGUGAAGCGUUCGAGAGCCGAUGCCACAAGCUGCCGCCUCCGGAUCUGUGCAGUUCACGGAGCUGUGGAGGAGCGUUUCCACACUUUAUCACCGAACAACUCCGGAGAGGACACCGGCCCAGCAGAUGCCUGGUACCGACGCACCAGCAGCGGUGUGUAGAGAUUUGCAGAGUCCUAUUCGCAGAGGCUACAGCAGAUUCUCCGGCUUGAAUAAUGGGGAUUCUCCAGGUGACGGGGAAGCGUCACAAGAUAUUUUCUGGGAUUCCACAUCCCCCACUCAAACUCACACGGGCUCGGGGGUCAGGAGCACCAGAGUUGUGGAAAUAUCGGAUAUUGUCAACCGGAUUGCUCCAAAGGAUGUAAAACCUAAAACAACAGAAUCCAUUCUGCUGCAGUGGAUCGGUGACAGUGCCGUCCCUUCCACACCAGAGAUUCCCCUGCCAAGAAUCAGGAAGAAGUCUACUCGGCAGAGCAGUGUAGAAGACCUCAUGAAACUGGCCAGGCAGUUUGACCAGAACAUGCAGCAAGACAAGGACACUUCGGAGCAGCUCCACACUUUCAGCAGUGACCUCAAUGAAUGUGUGAAUGUGUCAAAAGUAAAAUCACGAGAGACAUCAUUCCACGGCAGCGUGAAGGACCCGAAGGAUCAGGUGGAGGCAGAGCUGCACGCUCUGUUUGACUGCUCCACUCAAAAAGUUAGCGGCUCGCUAAGCCAGUUCUCUGCAGCAUCCGCCCACUCACAGGAAAUAAAAGACCAACCUGAGACUUCAGCCUCAGCUGAACUCCGACAGUCUCAGAAGUCCAGUUCAGCUGCUCAACCUGCCGGAGAAAAAGAAUCCUGCAGUUUCAGUGGGAACAAGUUUGAUGACUUUGAUGACGACUGGGAGAAUGAUGACCUACUGAAUGACUCUUUCAUGCUGGCAAUGACCCAGAAUUCUGACCAGCAUCAGCAAGACAAACCUAACGCCACUUUGCAGUCUAACACUAAGAUGAAUACUACUAAUUUGACUUCUGUUUGCAAGCCGGCUCCUUCAUACAUGAAGCCCAGCGGGCUCCAAGAACUGUGUCCCAAAGUAAAGACUACCAACCGAAGCACUUUCAAGCUCAAGUCCAACCAUCACUUCCAGCCGGAGUCGGCCACCAAACAGGUUUCCAGCUCCAGCUCUACUGUUGCACAACCUAAAUCGCAGAAAUCUGUUGCCACAGAGACACUGGCUACUCCUCAACCUGACAAGAUUGCUGACAAUCAGAGUGUGGCUGGUGUUGCUGUGGACUCUACUAAAGACAUUUCAGACAGCUUAUGGGGCGAUGGGGACGACGAUGCCCUGCUCUACCAGGUAUGUGACAGCGUGGAGAGGAUCUCCAACAGUCAGCCACAGCAAGUGAGCCACGGCAGCUGCCAAGAAAAACAAGAUUUUACCGUAGACAGGCAGCGGAAAACCACAGCGCCCCUGCCAAUCGACACGACCUGGUCCACGAACGUCAGCGCCAGUGCCAACAGAAAGACCCCGUGUGCUUUCGUUCGUUCUAACUCAUUACCAGGGAAUAGCUGCGAAACUGUGAACUUCCAAGGGUGGAACAUUCCCAUGAAAGGUGCCAACAACAAGUCACAAAUGUCUCAGAGCCUCCCAGGGAGCCGCGUGAGUCUGGGCACGUUCAGCCAGUGCAGGGAUUCCUCUGGAGCUUUCCAGGCUGGGCGGGCUAACGUGGAUAUGAAGUCGUGUACAGUGACAGCCAGGGCACCGCAGAACUCCAAGUCCUAUCACACAGCCUUCAAGAGAAAUGUAUCCGACUCUGCAGCCAUCUGCAGCAAAGUUUUCGUCACAAGCCAGAUGACAGGAAAGUGCUCGGCAACUGAGAUCGAGAGGAAGAAACAGGAAGCCUUGGCCAGGAGACGACAGCGGAUGCAGAAUGCCCCAAAACCGUAGAGGAGCUCCGCCCUGACUGAAGGGAUCUCAUCAUCCUGUAAUAAACCUUAACGCAACUCAUUCGUGUUAAUAGUUUACUGUUAGGUCACCAGGUUUCGGAAGAUUGACUCUGCACUCACACAGGAGAGACCAAGUCGCCUGUUGUUGACUCAGAGCUGCUGGAUGUUUUUGCUGCUGACGUCCAUCCACGUUUCGUAAGAAGUGAGUUAAAGGCCAGUAUCGGAUCUGGUGCUGCGAUGACGCUGAAAAGAAAUUUCCUGAGCCUUUCACAUUUUGUAAAAUCGUUUACAUGACUGAGUUUGACUUAAUCCCUAAUACUGAUUAAAACUGGUCACUUUUUUAGGGUUGUUUUUGUACGCACACAUUGUAGAAACAAGCAUUUUUGUCUUUUCGUUAAAAAAUUUAUCUUCAUUUUUACUGCUCAAAUUUCAAAAUGAACAACUAACAAGACAUGAAAAAUGUGACGUUAACUAUCAGAAAAGGAUGUGAACCGUGGCAGUAACUGUCGUCUGCUGUUUGGGUUUAAUCAGACAGAUUAAUAAUGUGCCUUAAACAUUUACUGAUGCCUGCUUUUAAAGAUUUUGCCUUUUCCACAACCUGGUAAUCAAAGGAGCUUUGCUUUGCAAGGAGACGGUUGUAAUACAAUCGAAAACUUCUGUUUCUGUUUAAACUAGAUGAUUUAAUGACCUGUCUGUUUAAUACAUGAAAAUAAGCAUGUUUGUUUCUUUUGUGUUCCUCUGUAUUUUUUUGUGCAGGUCACAUUUUUUAUCUUCAGUCUGAAUCUUGUGUUAUAAAUGCAGUGUUAUGGCCCCCUCCUCUGUUGGCACAGAUUAUUGUAAUAGCCAUGCUAUGCACCUUUCAGAAAUUGUUAAUCCAACAGCAAUA